AUGUCUUCCACCGACGGAUCCACCAUUGCUCCAACCCCACACCAGGACAGACUGAUCAGUGAGUGUCAUCACCUCUUCCGACUUCAACGUCGUCCGCUCGAAGACUGACAGGGUAGCAGGCUUCUGUCGUGCCCACGGCGCCCGACCACCCCUCUUCCAGAUCGUGUCCGAUCGCAGAGGUGAGUUGAGAUCGUCCCCUCCAUCCCGCUGAAUGCCAACAAGUACUGACGAGCUCACCAUUCCAGGCGGUCGCACGGCUUGGAGCUGCGAGACCAUCAUCGCGGGAAAGACCUUUCGAGCUCGCUUUUGGUACGACGGCCACUACGUUCACAAUGCCCGAGAGGACGCGGCUCAGGUUGCGCUGGAGAAUCUCGGCGUUCUCCCUUUGCCGCCGCAGCGACAGCCUCAACCGAGCCAACACUGCUGGUCUCCAUCGAACGGCUGGAGUGCGUGA